UAGGACGUGGUUAGGUUUAUUUGGGGUUUUAGCUUUCACAAACCCAACACCGAAGAAGAAGAAGAAAAAUGGUGAGGCUCACAGCAGAUUUGAUAUGGAAAAGCCCUCACUUCUUCAACGCUCUUCGUGAACGUGAAUUAGAUCUUCGAGGAAAUAAGAUUCCUCUGAUAGAGAAUUUAGGUCCUACUGAGGAUCAGUUCGACACUAUUGAUUUGUCAGACAACGAGAUUGUUAAGCUUGAAAACUUUCCCAAUUUGAAUCGACUUGGAACGUUGUUGCUGAAUAACAACAGGAUUACUCGUAUAAACCCUAACAUCGGAGAAUUCUUGCCGAAAUUGCACUCUUUGGUUCUUACUAACAAUCGGCUUGUUAAUUUGGUUGAGAUUGAUCCACUUGCAUCGCUCCCGAAGCUGCAGUACUUAAGCUUGCUGGACAAUAACAUCACGAAGAAACCGAACUAUCGGUUGUAUGUUAUUCACAAAUUGAAGGCGCUGCGUGUGCUUGAUUUCAAGAAAGUCAAACAAAAGGAGCGAAUUGAAGCAGCCAAAUUGUUUGCAUCAAAAGAGGCUGAAGAGGAGGCUAAAAAGGAAUCUGUGAAGACUUUUGUACCUGGCGAAGUUCCAACAGAAGAACCUAAGGAAGAGGAGCCAUCUAAACCAGUGGGCCCUACACCCGAGCAAAUCAUAGCUAUAAAGGCUGCAAUCGUCAACUCUCAAACUCUAGAAGAGGUAGCAAGGCUUGAAAAGGCUUUAAAGUCUGGUCAAGUUCCAGACGAUCUUAAAAUCGGAAAUACCAAUACAAAGAACAAUCAAAAUGCCGCAGAUGUUGAUAAAAAAGCAACACAGGAAGAUGAUGGUCCGGCAGACAUGGAGCAGGAAUGAAUGAAUGCUGAGGUGGAUGGGGUUGUCGAUGACAUAAUAGCUACAUGUUUCUUGUCAUAGUGGUUUCUCCUCUUCCUUCCUAAACUAUGAAGUGAAAUCAGUGUUGUAGAAUUAAUAUGACUGGAAGAGGUCGGUUUUCAUCCUAUGAUAUCCCGUGUGGCUUAUUAGUCGUAAUCAGCAUUCGUGUUUUUUUUGUAAGAUAGAAAUGGAGACUGGUCCACAAACAAAGUAUCUUGAGGUUAACAAAAAGGACCUUGCAUUUAUUUAACUAUGAAACAUGUUCUGUUUAUGAAGCACAGCCGAGUUUUGUGUGAAUAUGGCCCCCAAACACUUGAAUGGGUUAGUUUGGGUUUCUAUUAUAUUUUUUAGGUCAAUCGGCCUGUUUCGGUUC